AUGCUAUAUUCUCAAAAUAAGCAAAUUGACACUGAUUUUCAAAUUCCAUCUGAAGAUAUAAACCAAUUAAGCGAUGCCGAUCCUAGCAGGGAGUUUCCAAUGGCAAACUCUUCUUUUCGCGAUGGUUCAUUUUCUCCUGGGGAUUGGGAAUAUGUCGAGGUUGUGAUAUCCCGGCCUCAUGGCCAAAACCAGAGCUUCGGUUUUAGUAUCGCAGGCGGCUACGAUGCUCAACAAGAAAACGGCGAUUCAAGUGUAUUUAUUACUCGCAUUGCUCCAGGCGGAAUUGCAGAAGCUGAUGGUCGCCUACAGCCAUUCGAUCGGAUAGUCUCAGUAAAUGGAACUGACCUAAACUACGUGUCAAAUCAGGAGGCUGUGAGGAUACUGAAGGAAUCGGGUGACACAUUGGCUAUGAUAAUUCGACGCUACAUCGGACCUGAACCUGGUUCUUCAGGAAUUGAAUCUAUAUCUCCUAUAACCAAUACUAAUAUACCUCCGAGUAACGAUGAUCAAACUACCAGUGAUGACGUGUAUUUCGAAGUUAAUCUGGUGAAACCAUCGGAGAAUAUCGGACUUGGAUUUACAAUUGCUGGAGGGCAGAUGAUAGAGGGAUUUCCAGAAGGAAUUUAUGUGACUAAACUCACUCCUGGUGGUUUAGCUGAACAGGAUGGACAGAUACAACCGGGCGAUCGUCUUAUUCAGGUAAAUGGCCAAGAGUUGGGCAAUGCGUCUCACGAAAUGGCUGUUCAACUUCUCCGUAAUGCUGGAACUCAUGUGCAUCUCGUUCUUCUUCGACCUCUAAGAUCAACUGUCAGCCAGAAUUUCACUCCCAGUCUCGCUUCAGACGACACGAUUGUCGACACCAAGAAGCGCUGA